GUGUGUCUCACUAACUAUACAGUGCUCGUUUUCUGUUGACCCGGGAAGAGAUCAGAGAGGAGGAUGGCGAAAAGGUGGCUCUCGUUUUCUCUCCUGUUUUUGGGGGUAUUUUAUUUAUAUUCCGCCUUAGCGGAUAACGGCGCACCCGGGAAGAAAUUAAAAAUGCAAUUUUCCACCGGACCUCGACUGAAAUUCCAAAUCUGUGUGUCCUGAGGGUACAAGCGGGUGUUUGAGGAGUACAUGCGUGUUCUUAACCAGCGUUAUCCAGACAUCCGCAUCGAGGGGGAGAAUUACCUACCACUUCCCAUCUAUCGACACAUCGCUUCUUUCCUUUCUGUCUUUAAGCUAGCAUUAAUAGGAUUGAUAAUUCUUGGGAAAGAUCCGUUUGCUUUCUUUGGUAUGCAAGCUCCAGGAGUGUGGCGAUGGGGGCAGGAAAACAAGAUCUAUGCUUGUAUGAUGGUUUUCUUCAUCAGCAACAUGAUUGAAAACCAAUGUAUGUCUACCGGUGCAUUUGAAAUUACAUUAAAUGAUGUUCCUGUCUGGUCCAAGUUGGAGUCUGGACAUAUUCCUUCAAUGCAGCAGCUUGUCCAGAUCCUUGAAAAUGAGAUGAAGCUUAAUGUUCACAUGGAUUCACUUCCACGUCAUCCAUCAUAGCUACGUCUGCAAAUGCUGAAGAUCCCUUCUGUGUUGAACGCAUUUUUCCAAAGGCAGUGAGAUGAUUUCUAUGAAGGACUGCACUGAAAGCAGCUAACUGUUAGUGCAGGCUGGAUGCUCAGUCGGUCUUGCUAACCCUUUGGAAAUUGUCUGCUUAAAACGGGAGACCUUUUGCUUUUGGGAUGUCCAUUUUUACAGCAAGGUGCACAUUCAUCGUGGUGCAGUACAUAUGUAUAGUUUCAUCUUUCUAUUAACCCAUUCAAUUCUGUUUAUAGCCAAUAACCCAACAAUGCAGUUAUUUGGAUUUUGUAUUUACAUUUUACAGUUUGAAGAAUCAUGGAAGAAUAUAGUUUAAAUUGAGUUUUUUUUAGUUGUAAUUGGUUGUAAUUUUGAUAUUUCUUUUUAUAGCAUGCUAUGGAACUAUAAUAAACUAAAUAACCCUACCAGAAAA